CUUGUACAGUUGUAAUCACCCUUAAAUUUUAAAUUAUUAUAAAAAUGUCAAGCAUCAUUCUCGACCACAGCGACCUCGCCACAGCGGACAACGGCCAGGCUCUCGCCCAACGGCGCGAGACCCGCCACCAAUACCGCAGCCUUCUCUCGGACGCGACGACGCGGCAAAAGGAGUACCUUGCAGGCGACGGCACCCUGCUCCUCGAGGACCUAGCGCGGGCCAACCAGCUCUUCGACGGCGUCAAAUCCACCGCCGAGGGUAUCCUAGACUCGCGCUUUCUGAUUCUUUCCGCAGACAUCAGCGCCCAGCGCGCUCACCAGCUGCGCAUCGACUCGGCAGCCUUUGACCCUUUGGAAUUCAUCGACCAAGUGCGCAUGGUCUUGUACCCCAGUGGAGCCGGAGCCAGAGCCGGAGAUUCUGAGGAGCAGCCUGGAGAUUGGGCUAAAGUUGGAACACUGGCGAUGCGGUUUGGCCGGAUGCCGCCGCGCUUUUCGUGCCUUUACGGCCCACUGAUGACCGAGAAGAAGGUGCGUAAGAGAAUAGAGGUGUCCCGGAAAAAGAACACUCAGAGGGAAGGCCCAGUGCACGAAGCCCAGAUUGACACAAUGGGCGAGAGCGACAUUAAGAAGCAGGAGAAUCAGACCACAAAGUUGGUGCAAAAAGUCCACCGCUUACUCACCAAGGUCGGCCCCAUCAACCUGUUCCAGUUCGUCAUCAACCCGCAUUCAUUCUCGCAGUCUGUCGAGAACAUCUUUUACGUCUCUUUUCUUAUUCGCGAUGGCAAGGCCUAUAUUGAUGAUCAGACAGGCCAGCCGAUGAUCGAGGCUUGUGAGCCGCCGCAGCAUGCUGAUUAUGAGAUGGGGUUGACUAGGAAGCAGCUCAUUUUCAGCCUGGAUCAGAAUACUUGGACGGAGAUUAUCAACGUGUAUGGUAUCGCUGAGAGCACCAUUCCGAUGCGACCGUCGAAUGUCGGCGCUGACGGUCUGACACAGAUGUCGUCGCAGGCGCUACGCCAUUGAAAAAUAAAAAUUACUAUGUAAAAAUAAAACAAUACAAUAUCCAAAAACAAAAACAAAAACAAAGAAUUUUCUUGAUUCUCAAUCCUCCGAAUAUAUCAAUUUUAGCCAGGCUAUGGAAAACUUGAUCAAAAAGAGGCACCAUUUAAAAUAAAAAAAAGCCUAACGCUCAGCUAAUUUAUGCAAAAAAAAAUAUAUAUAAUAUAUAUUUUAAUUUUCCCUCCGU